UCACUGUCGGCAGCGCUUAGAAGUCAGUAAACUAGUUACAAGUUUAUUAUGAUAUCUCCGGCAUUUUUUGUAUUUAUUUUAAAAUAAGUACAAACAAAUAAACAUUUCUUUUUGUAAUUACUUGUUAAGUAUUGAAUAAUUAUUUUCAUCUAAUAUAAGUGUUUUUACAAAAUUACCUUGCACGUUAACGUGUGUAAGAUUUCUAUAUGUAAGAAAUACAUGUAUUUCAAGAAUACACAUUAAAGGCUUAAGUAGCUAUGCUUCUUUUUUGUUCCUCAUGCGGUAAUGUACUUUACAUUGAAGAGCAUACUUCAUUGAGAUUUUCAUGUAAAACAUGUCCUUAUGUUUUCAACAUAAAUCGUAAAGUUAGUUAUCGCACUUAUCCAAAAUUGAAACAAGUGGACGACGUAAUAGGAGGAAGUGCAGCAUGGAAAAACGUUGACUCUACAGAUGAACGUUGUCCAAAGUGUUCACAUCCACGUGCAUUUUUCAUGCAAAUCCAAACGAGAUCAGCUGAUGAGCCUAUGACAACCUUCUAUCGUUGUUGUAAUCCAAAAUGUUGUCACAAGUGGCGCGAGUAAAGUUGUAUUUGAACAUGAGUCAGAGGAGAACAAUUAUGAAUC